GUCAGUCAGAACCGCAGGACGAGAGGAAAAAUGUCUUCAACCUUGGAUAUUCAGCAGCUGUUACCAAUCAAAGAAGAACUUGAUGAGUGGAGCCCUGAUAUGGAGCAGCAAGUCCAGCUCCUCAGCAUAAAGAAGGAAGAGGAGGAGGAAGCUGACAUCACUGAUUUCCCGCUCGCUGCUGCUGCUGCGGUGAAGAGUGAAAAUGAAGAGAAAGUGCACUCACUGUUUCAUCAUGUUAAAAACGAAUAUAAGGACGAGGAGGAGCCUCAGACCAGCAGCUCAGGGCAAGAUUUAAGAACAUGUGAUGAAAUCCAGACAGCUGAAGACACUACUAGCAACCAUCACGAUGCCCCGGCCAGCUACCGGCUCCUUUCACCGCUCCAGCCCAACACACCAACCUACACAUCUAUGCAACGUCCCCAGCAAAUAGAGUCUGUGUUCAAUGUCUUCUAUAAUGAAGAUGCAGCCUUCCAAAAACUGCUAACCUUGUUGACAGAGCUGACCAGAGAAGUCAGGGACCUCCGUGAGGAGGUCAGAGCUCUCAAUCAAUCCUGCAGCAAUGAACCUCUUGAUGCUGGGGGUUUGCCUCUGGAUUUGCCUUUGCACAAUAUGGAUGAGCUGAACAAUGCAGAGGCAACUCUGCAGUUACCAGAAUCAUAUAAAACAAUGGUGAGAUGCUUUUCUUUGAUUGGAGGGACCACACUGGAGGUGCGAGUCCGCCGUAUACUAGCCUAUGUCAUUACAAAUGAGCUGGCCUCUGGACUUAACUGGGCUGGGAGGAAAACUAAGGACCAGACCAAGCAAAAGAGGGCAUUUAAAGAGACAGCGCUCUGCAGAUGCAUUUUUGAUGGCCUGACUCAGCAGGUGGGGGUAAAUGCAGUUUCUGAGUUUGCCUUCGCCCAAGCAGUGCAGAAAUGGCUCUGCUGUGCUCCAGAUCGGAUGGGUGGUGCAGGACGCAGGAUAUCCAGCCCCAUCCCAGAGUAAACUAAAUACAAUGACUUGUAACGAAUACAUUUAACAAAAAACGUUUUG